GUGUGUGCGUGUGAGAUGCUGCCAGGAAAUUCAAUAACAAAAGUUUCGGCGCGCCCCGCACAGCUGUGAAAAUUAUCUUCCUGCAACCUAGAAUCCGUCCUCCAGCUGCUGGAGUGAUUUGUGAGCUGGUUAGACGCAGUUGUUGUUAUGAUUUUGUCCUAUUUUUCUCAUCCGUGCACUUCCUGGCCAUCGUUUCGUUCGCUGAAACAGGUAUUGCAGACAUGCAGCCGCUGAGUCAUUAGCGACUCCCGCCCGCCCCCCGUGGAACUCCGUGAUGGGCGAUAAUAUUUCACAACACCCACUGGAAGGAAAGGGUUGCGUCACCGGAGUGUGUCUAGAACAACCCUCCAGAACCAAUACUGCAGUCCUUCGAUGCUGUGAGCCGGAAUGGUAGUAACCUGUGUCAAUUAACAAACCGUAACGUGAGCUAAGAGCCGUGUGAUCGCACACUAGGGCGUGAUUUGCAAGAGUCAGUUUUGUAAAACCGAAAACACACGAUGGAUGUUCCAGCAGAGGAGUGGAUCGAGCGGGCAAGUGAGAACAUGAAAAAGUUUCUCAACCGUGGUGGUGCUUGCCGUGGCGAUGAACCACAAACGUUGAGCGGUGUAGCACUGGCGAACACGCUCGGCUAUGCACUUAAUCUGUCCAUGAAGGAUCCAAACACGUGGACCGAUGAUGAGCUGCAACAGGAAUACAUGGAAGAGUUGUGCUUCUACGACGAAGAGUCCCGCAAAACGAUCGAUAAGCUAACGCAGCAGAUGUACCAUCAGGGAUCGGUGGUACCGGAAGAGCCGUGCCACUUGACGAUCCUACCGAUCGAGCUGUACGCCGAAGGGAAGCUGUACGAGGUGGCACUGUUUCGCUACCAGUUUGGUGAUCUGCAAGCAACCGAACCGAAGUACGUGGAUUCGUAUGGUCGGGUGUACGAGAGCUUUCGGGACUUUUUGCGCAAUAAUAAGUACCCGUCGGCGGAGAUGAUGUAUCCGGAGGAGGGCCGGCUAGUGGCGAGUGGUGAGAAGAAAACGGUGAUGUAUGGUGUCGGUCGAACGCCGGCCUGGAAAGCGUACUAUCUGAAGGCACUCGACAUCGCUACAGGAAUCAUCGGAGUGGCCGGUGCAACGGGAGCCAUCUUUCUCUCCGGUGGCAUCGCGACACCGUUCGUAGCGGCUAGCAUCGGUUCGGCACUGUACGCGACCGGACGAUCGAUCGAUGUGCUGCGGGAUAAGAGCGCCCAUCAGGAAUCGUUGAAUCCGUUCCUCGAUUCCGAAUCCCGUACGGCAUGGCUUAGCCUUACCGCACACGUGCUCACCUUCGGUACGAUGCCCCACAUAUCGGCCCUGUCCGGGGUGGCCUCGACAAGCCACAGCAUUGCGACCGGUUUCAAGGUUUGUAAUUUUAUCAACGAAACGGGCAACAUCAUUAGCGAUCUGGUGAUUUGCGAUACACUGUCGGCUAUGCAUUCGAACUUCUACAAUGCAUCGAUCGAAACGCGGCUAGCGCACGCGGCCUCGAUCUGCUUUUGGACGAAAACGAUCAUCAGCAUCCGGCAGGCGGAGCUGAUGAUGAAGAACAAUGCGAUUGUGGCGCUGAAGCUGUUCGGAUUUGAGGACCAUCUGUGCGAGUACUUCAACAAUGAUUCGCGUGCGAUCGACAUCGGGCUGCGGAUUGUGAAACAUUCUCUCGCGGCCAACAAUCUGAUCGCGUCCGAUCCCGCCGAUCACGGUUCGAUACGGAUCGAUGGAUUACGGUUCACCAUUCGUUCCCUGCUGGCACUUGAGCCACCGGAAGUGGAACGUUUGUUCGAUUUCCUACAGGGCAUCGCUACUGCGGCGGAUGAGCAACUUUUCGAUGAAAUUCGCGAGCUGGUUGAAGUACGGAAGGAUGGUGAUAAAGAGCCGGCGGAUGGCCAACUUGCUAGCAUCGUACGCUUGCUGGCCAGUGAAGCGGAUCGGGAUGAACUGUUGCCGGGAACGAUGAUGCAAAUGUUGCUUCAAACGUACGCCUUUGUGCGGCGCUGUGAAAAGUCAUGCGACUGGCAAGGCGGCACCUCAUUCCGCCUAUCACCGAUGGAUGGAAUUCGUGUGGGUCGUGGGCUAUGGAUGGGACUCACCGUCGCUUACAUAGCGUUCGCAUUGAAGCUACCUUCUCCACCAAGUAGCAGCAGUGAAUCGCAGGGCGAUGAUGGUGAUUCUGGGACCACAGCAAGCGAUCGAGAGCGAGAUCGUUUAAUGCGCGUCCUGUUGGAGUUAUCAGCGGAGCAGUGCACUAAGCUAUCGCAAACGAUCCAUGAUAAUCCAGAAUUUCUCGCGAAGCUAACACAACAGCCUCGCGCUGACCAACCAAUGGAAGAGACGGAAGAAUCUCGCGCGAAGGCGACGGAUGAGGACGGGGAGCGAAAGCUGCUCGAUCAGUUGAGGAAGAAUAUUUUAGCUGUGUGUAAUUGAAAUUAGAAGUUGUUAAACGAAAUUGGGUGAAGCGGUAGAAACGCUUGCAAAGCGGCAGUAUACAUCCUAGAACACUUUUUGAAAAUUAGCAAGAAACACAUAUCAUCAUCUGAGUGAAAUUAGAAAAUUCAUACAAUCCCGGACACCUGAACAAGAAGAGAAAUUUAAAAAGUAACUUGAAGAAAACACAAAACUAAGCAAUCAUGCCAGCUUUUGUAGAGAGAACAAACUAUAUCGAUAUACAUAUAUACAUAUAUAUAGAUAUAUAUAGAACGUUUAUAAGUAGAUAAGUAGAAAAGCGAAAGCUGAAAUCAACUAGAGGAAAUGGUAGCAAUAACAAACUAGUUUAAAAUCCACUGGCGAAGCCAGGGAGCAGAAAAAACAAAGAGCGUAACUAAAACAUAUCAUCUUUACAAGCAAUGUGCAUGAUAAGCCAGGUAUAUACAAUUCAAUUUUUAAAAAUAUUUGAAAACACAUAUUUUAUUCCACAAAAAUCGAUUCAACAAAUAAGAGAACAACAUCAAAGGAUGUCAUCAAUACGCACACAUACACACACACACUACGCAGAUGAUACAAAAUGCAUUGAAAACACGUGCUUCCUUGUCGGUCGGUUAAGCGAGUCUCACAUCUAAGCAGCCCCGCAGAAUGGUCUCUUUUCCUAUUCACCAUUAGGUUUUCCAUAUAUUUGUAUGCUAAUCGAGAAUCCAUUUACUAUUACCGGCACCCGGAAAACUACUACCUGAUCUCUAGCGAAACGAUCGCAGCCCAGCUCUUGGAGCGCCCUGGUGCCCUGAAAAGCCCUUUUGUAACACACUUUCUGGAUCUUUACUUUUUUUGCUAUCCUUUUCUACACACGGAUUCCCUUGUGCUUGUUGAGAAUGAGUGGACGACAGAAGAAAAACCUUGUUCCCUAAAUUUAUGAUAUACACCAUUUGAAAAUGAUAGAUUGGAUGAAUUUAAAAAGCAAAACGAAGUACAUGCAAGUGCCGAAAGUAGGGGAGAAGGAGGGUACUACGAGGGGUACUACUACAGAACACACAUAUAUUUAUACAGGAGAUUGUUUGAGUGAGUACUUGUAUGUAGAAGAAAACCCGUUUAAUAGUAUAGCGCGAAGCUUGGUAGUUUUUUAUAUAAAUUGUUAUUAUAAAACGUGAAACGGAAACCGUCGGUGGCGGAAAACGAAAACCACACAUGGCUAAACACCAAACAGUGAAAUAGAACGAAUGUAUAGGAUGUAGAUGAUGAACUUACGUUCAACGUGUUGUAACUUAGCAGUUAUUAUGUAGUAGGGAUAUGAUAUGGUAUAUACUAGCAGUUACUAGCAGCAGCGGCAGCGUUUGGCGGGUAAGGGUUCCUUUCCACUAUAGGCGCAUACACCGCUAAUAACAUAUAGCCCUUAUUAUGUGCGUGCUGUAUGCUUGAACUUAGAAUCAAAGGUCGCAUUAUCUGCCUAUAUCUCGGUUCAUCUACUACACUACACCCUAUCCUUGCUUGCAAAGCAGAACAGAGGGGAACUUGCCAUUUUUUGUUAUGGAUGCAUUCAUCAAACGAAACCCAGUGCUACCACCGUGUUUGGAUCAAAUCGAUCAAACCUCCUCUUCCUACAGCUCGAUGCCCAAAG